CAACCCUGCCAGAUGGCUGAAAAUCGUGAUGUGGGAUGCUUGUGCUGUAAGUCUGGUCCUCUCAGUAUAACACUCUAUACUGACAGGGGUGGGUACUGUCCUGGAGAGUCUAUUGGAGUCUCAGCUGUCAUCAAUAAUAAUUCAAAUAAUGAAGUUCUUGGUCUGGAGUUUCAACUUAUUCAAGUCAUCGUUUAUAUUGCCUCAUGUGGAAAGCAAAGGCAUGGUUCGGAAAAAGUUGCAAGCAUGUUUCAUGAAGGAGUGAAGCCUGGUGAAGAGUCCCGUGUACCAAUGCUGGCAUUUCCGAUCCCAUCCUUACCACCAUCCACGUUAAGCUGCCAUUGUUUGAGGCUAUCAUAUAUCCUAAGUCUAAAAGUUAGAGUAAAGGGUGCCUUCAAUUCGAAUGUGAAUAUUCCAAUCACUGUUGGUUCUGUACCAUACAGGCCACCCGUGCCUCCUCAGUAUCCCCCACCUGCUGCAACUAAUUUCGUUGGUCCACCACAACCACUGGCAGGCUUCAGUGGCAUGCCAGGUUACCCUGAUGCUUCUCAACAUGGUGAAGGAUCACAGCCUUAUCCAAAUAUAGCUCCACCGUCUUACGCAGAAUCUGUUAGAGGAGGAACGUCGAUAAAUGACGAUGGUGAUUCUGGCAAGGCCCUGGGUAACAACACGUUCACGCCGAUGUACCCGUUUGUCAAUAACUAUCAAUUUCCUACUGCUCCGCCGGCACCAUUUCCCCAAGAUCCUGCCACUAAAUCGACAUUUUAGGACAUCGUGAAUUGUUUUGUUUGUUUGUUUGUUUUUUUUGCAGGAAAACUGCGAUUGUAGAGGUGCCCUUUAAAUACAAUAGGUUUCCCGAGGUAUUUGGGGUAAACAGUAUUUUAAAUCAAUCAGAUGAAGAAAAUUCAUGUCUUUUGUGGAAACUACAUGUUUCCUAGUAAGUUACCUCAUAAUAGUAAUAAUAAUAAUAAUAAUGAUAAUAAUUAACCAAUUUAGAUAUUUAUAUAGUGCAUAUUUACUUGUGCUGAUCAAAAGCGCAUUACAUG